AUGGCAAGAAUGGACACUGCAGUUGAUGAUAACUUCAAAGUUUUGUUUGAUUACAAUUACUUGAAGUACGAGGAUCUUUCCUUAGUGGUUAAAGGGAGGAAAUCAGAGUAUGACAGUAUUCUUGCACUGGUGAGGACAAUAGACUUUUCGAGUAACAAUUUGUCAGGAUCAAUCCCUGCUGAAAUCUCGAGUCUCUCAGGAUUGCGGUUUUUGAACUUGUCUCGAAAUCAUUUAAUUGGAAGGAUACCAGAGAAAGUUGGGAGCAUGGAAACCUUGGAAUCUUUGGAUUUGUCAAGAAACCAUCUUUCAGGUGCAAUUCCUGAAAGCAUGACAAAUUUAUCAUUCCUUGAUCAUUUGGACCUGUCUUACAACAAUUUAUCAGGAACAAUACCUUCAAGCACUCAUCUUCAUAGCUUUGAUGCACUUAGCUUCAUUGGCAAUGAUGAACUUUGUGGAGUUCCUCUUACAAAAAACUGCACAAAGAAGGAAGAUUUUCAAGGUGUGAACCACAUUGAAGAAAGCAGAGAAGACUUUGAACUGCCAUGGUUUUAUAUUGGUAUGGCUACUGGAUUCAUCCUGAGCUUUUGGGGAGUCUGUGGUGCUCUCUUAUUCAAAAGGACAUGGAGGCAUGCUUAUUUCAGGUUUCUUGAUGACACGAGAGACAAGCUCUAUGUGGCUACCGUGCUGAAGAUGAACUGGUUGCGCAAUCAUUUGAGAGGACACCAUUUUGGUAAGUGA